AUUAGCAGGACAGAAUACCAUUGUUUUGUUAGUCACGACAGCUGUUUUUCUCGAAUUAUUUCCAAUAAAUAAUUCAAACAAAUCAUAAAAGUCAGUCAAACACGAACCAGAAACUCCAAAUAACACAUCGAAAUAAUUAAAAAUACCACUUGAAGUUAGAAAUAAUCGGAAAAUAAUUCACAAAGAGAAAAAUUAUCAGACGUCGUGAAAAAUGGACAUCAUGCAAUCGCAAAUGAUGCCUGAAAAAAUUCCCGUUAUCACUUAUGUGACGGAUUAUAAAAAAUCCAAUGGAAAAGGUUUUGCAGCGAGAUUUCUCUUCGAGUGUGCCAUGAAAUUAGAAAUGAAACCUCUCACAUCGGCAACUGCCGCGAUUUUGUUCCAUCGGUUCUUUAGUGAAGUUGAUCCAGCUGAUUAUGAUGAAUAUAUGAUUGCCGCUUCUUGCUUGUAUCUCGCCGGUAAAGUUAAAGACGAUCCAAUUAAAAUUCGUGACGUGAUAAAUGUGGCUUACGGUACAAUGAACCGUAAUUCUGCGCCCCUUGAAUUAAAUGACGAAUACUGGACGAUGCGCGACUCGAUUGUGCAAGCCGAAUUACUGAUUACGCGAAUUUUGAAGUUUGAUCUCAGCACCGUGCAUUCUCACAAGUACCUCCUGUAUUACAUGAAGACCCUGGUUGAAUGGUUUGGACAGAAAUUGUGGUCCGAGUUUCCGAUUCCGAAGACGUCAGCAGCAUUUUUACAGGAUUUCCAUCAUAAUCCAGCCAUAAUAGACUACAAACCAUCUCACGUUGCCAUCUGUUGCCUUUCCCUUGCCUUCCAAGUUUACGGCGUCAAUGUUCCCCUCACCGGCGAAGUAAGCGAAGAUGGACUUUGGUACUCGGUAUUCGCAAAAGACUUGACAAAAGACCUCCAUUGGGAGAUUGUGCAGAAAAUCAUGGAGACCUACGACUACGAAAAAGACGAUUCGAACUGAAAAACUUCCACACACUUGCAACUUUUUUCUACGAGACUUAGUUUUUAAGGCACUUAAAUAAGUUACAAAUUUUGUACUUAAAGUUGUUAAAUAAAUUUCCUCUCUCAUUUUUAAGAUUAAAACAGCACAUUU